UGAUACCGUAAUGAGAGGUUAUUUCUUGUGCCGUGUACUAAAACAAGAAAAUGUCGGAUUUUGCCAAAAAGUUUUUCAUAAAAGUUGUAGGACUUCAUCUCGGAACAACCUUUUUGGAGGACAACUGGGACAAAGACAUCAUUGGUAUGCAAGAUUUACAAAACUUUUUGACGAUGGAAAAUGUUCUUACAUUGUACGCUAUUAUUGAAGAAAUUGACGACAACAAACGAAUGAAAUUUUUCAGAACGUUAUCUAAUAAACAAUACGAUAUGGUUAUGGUUUUUAUUAAAUACAAACCACACGUUCCAACAGACGACAAUUUGUUAAAUAAUAUUCAGAGUACAAACUUUUCUGGAUCUCCUACGUUGGCGCUAUUUCAGAGCUUAAGCAUUUAUUCCCCUUUACUAUUACAGAAAGAUCAGCCAACUUUACACAGACAGAUAAAUAAUCUUCAAAAUGAUUUACGAUCCGUCAUAUUUAGCGAUCAACCUACAAAAUUAAUAGAUCCCCAGGCAUCAGAUUAUUCUUCUUUAUCAGUGGUCACGUCUUUGGAACAUGAAGUAGCUUACUGGAGUACAAUCAAGCCGUCUAAAAGGGAUAAAGUGACAAAAGCUGACUGUGCUACUUUUAAGGACUUACUCGCAACCAUCGCUGGAGAAUUUAGCAUUAUUGACGCUCUUUCCACAAUAGACGUAGAGGAUUUGCUGGAAAGGUCUCACACAGUUCUUGAUGAUUUAUGGAAAAAUGAUCCACCGUUUCCUAAGGACAGAAUCAAACAUAUAAUGGAUAUUAUAGCGUCCGAUGUGCAAAAAUACAAUAUUGCUAAAUUAAAACGCUACAACUUAUGGACAUCUGAAUAUUCAGAGAUAUCAGAAGCUUUGACACAAGAAAUCGGAAUAGAUGAAAAGUGGUUGACAAGUUGCAAACAGCUGACAGAAAUAUUUUGGCCAAAUUAUGGUUUGAAUCCAUGGAAGGAUAAAGUGUAUCAACCAACAGAACUUGUAGAUAUGCUUGGCGUCUUAAAAAAGGUACUUGAGAUUAGGGCUUUACACAAACAAUUAACAAAGCUUCUAACAAACCAGGAACAGGCUGAACUUAAAACCCAAGAUAUGAUGAAAUGUUUUCAAGAUAUCGAUAUUACUGUUCUUACCCAGGAUACGACAUUAAUACUAACAAAAGCGGAGAAACAAUUUGAAUAUUUGAUCCAACCCACUGAAAAACGGAUUGCAAUCAAACUGAAAAAGCAAUUGGCGGAUAUGAGCGGUAAUACACGACAGCUGAUCUACGAAUAUUCCAAAUACUCAGAACUGAUAAGCAGACCAGUUCUAAUGCAGGAGCUUAUCAAAGAAAGGCAGUUUCUCUUGGUCGCACUCUAUGAUUAUUUAAAACAAAUACAGUCUCAAACAGCAUCAGAAAAUUUUAUAAUCGCCACCAGAUACGACACACCAGAAGUAGUUAAGGAUAUUAUAAUGAUACGACAACUGGAAUCUAAAGCAAAUGAAGUAAACAAAGUAUCACAGAAGCUAUUAAAGGAUCUUCAAGGAUAUGAUGACCUUAGGGAAAUGAUAACCGAGCUCAUCAAGGAUCUCAAACAACAACAUAACGAGCUCUUCGAAUCGUGGAGCUCGGAAAUUAUGGGUUAUAUAAAAAACAACGCAUUGAGUCUAAGAGAAUCGGAUCCCGUUGUCGAGUUUUCUAAAGAGAAACUUAUGCACGUCAAUUACUCACCACGAUUGGUCAUUCUAAUAUCUGAAGUUAGACAACUGAAAGCCAUGGGAUAUCACGUGCCAAAUGCUAUUGAAGAUACCAGUGAACAUGCUAAGAAGUUUAUGAAAUUUGCAAGAAUACUGGAACAGAUUGCCAAUUUUCACAAUACAAUUGGAGAUCGUAUGAUUCCGUCCCAGAAACCAAUGAUGCUUGCUAGUGCCAUGGAGUUAUCAAAGCUUGUGCAAGAGCAAGAAGUGGUUUCCUGGGGACAGGAAAGAUCAGUUGAAAAGUAUGUGGAAACGCUAAAAACGGCAGUUGAAAGACUCUCAAAGGAAAACAACUUACUGACUAUGUAUCAUCACCAAAUUUUGGAGAAGAUUAAUGGUCUGAAGGAAAUUGAUCUUAUUAAAGACUACAGCAAGUGGAAAGAGAUAGCCAAACAGAUAAGACACAUUACAAAUCAAGUCGAAGAAAAAGGUUUUAGAAAUGUACAAAGUUGGAAGAAGGAGCUCGAUAAGCAACUAUGUCACGUAUUAGAAAAACAAUAUUUGGAAAGUUUAGAUACUCUUCAUAUUUACCUACCAGAAAUUCAUGCUGACUUGAUUUAUAGAAACUCGGUUUUGGAGUAUUUUCCAAGCGAAGAAAAUUUAAGAAAGACCUACGAUCAACAGUUAAAGCGGUUUUUGGAUAUUCCCAAAAAUUUUCGAACGAUAUCCGAAGAACCAAAAAAUGAAUUGUUCGAAGGAAUCGCAAAAAGAAAUAAACAAGCACUGGACAACGUUUCGCAGCGUACAGAUGAACUAUUUGAACAAUUAAAGGGAGUAUUAACCCAUUGGCAGUCUUGGCUUCAACUCGAGUCUCUAGAUACGUCAAAACUAACAACAUGGCAGCAUUGGGACCUUCAUUUUAGGGCAUCGAAAACAUUUGGACAAGAAAUUGCUAAGUUACCAAGUACUGAAGAACGUGUCGGUUGCUUUGUUAUUGGUCUUUCGCGUUUGAGAUCUGAUCUGGAGUCGCAUAACAGAAGUUAUUGGGAUCAACUUGUCAAUUCUUUAAAGGAUUCAAUAGCUCAGGAUGUUGUUAAGUUGCAAAACUAUGUCGACCACUCCACAACAAAUCUCACAAAGCAACCUGUAACUAUUGAUGAGGUAGGAGAGUCCGGAGUUGUACAUUCUAAUAUUCUAAAGGAAAAGCCUGAAAUGGAAGAACUGUUUAACGAAAUGUCUAGAAAAGCUCAAACCUUGUCCAGCUGGUCACGGGAACAAGUGAGUGUUGUAAACAGACUUAAGGGUGCUUGGGAUCGUUUACAAAGUUUGUUGGAUAACUAUCAACAUAUUAUGGAAAAACAGAUGGAAACUAUCAAAACCACCCUUAAUAUUGAAAAGGAAAAUUUGGAUAAGGAGAUUGAACGGUUUGUGGCAAAGUGGGAGGAAAUAAAUCCUAGACCGCAAUCAGCACAGUUUAGCACAAAUUCACUUACCGACUUAAGUAAACAUUUAUAUAACAUAAAAGAAAAACGAGCCGACUGGACAGAGAUUCAAAAUAAGUGUGAAAAAUUAACAGGUGAUUUCACAAAGUUUAAUUUGGAGCCACCUCCAUUAACUUUUUUGAAAGAUAUUGAAGAUAAACUGGAUGGUGAAGAAAAUACUUGGUCCGUUUUUGAAGACUUCCAUACAGGAUUUCAAGAACUCAGUAAUGAAUCGUGGAUAGUAUUUCGGAAGAAAAUUUUUAAAUUGGAAGAUUUUUUGAAAGAAUGGAGAGAAAAGUUAAGCAAAAUGGAUAACAGCUCUCUGAUUACAAGAAUUUUACAGGAAAUUCACAAAUAUGAGGCGAUAGCUCCCUCUCUAAAAUACGUCAAAGGAGAAGAUUUUACAGAAAAGCAUUGGUUAGAUACUUUUAGUAUUUUGGGAAUGGAACCUAAAUUGGUAGACCAACUGACAUUAAAUGACUUUUUAGUCGUUUCGGAGAAAAUCCAAGAAAAUCUUAAAGAACUGCAGGCUAUAUCCAAAAAAGCUGCUAGUGAAAUAAUAAUUCGACAAGCACUAGCGGAACUAGACCAAUGGGAUGUUCAUAGCAGAUUUGUUCUAAUGGCACAUAAAGAUUCCAAAAAUAAGGAUAUUUAUUUAAUAAAAGACUUUAAGGAAAUUUUAAAUAAGAUUGGGGACAACCAAAGUUUGUUACAAUCCCUUAAAAACUCUGCCGAUUACGAUUCUUCAACAGAGAAAGUCACUAUGUGGGAAAAUAAGUUCGGAGAUUUGGAUCAUUAUCUGACUUCGCUUGCCCAAAUUCAAAGAAAGUGGCUCUAUUUAGAACCAAUUUUUGGAAGUGGAACACUAGCCCAAGAGAAAACUAGGUUUGAUAGAAUCGAUAGAGAUUUUAGACACAUUUUGCUCUUUAUAGAGAAAGACUUGCGUGUUGCAGCGUUAUGCAGAUAUCCCAAUCUACGAUCACUUUUAGAGUCAACGCUAGACCAACUUUCUCGAUGUCAAAAUAGUUUGGAUAACUUUUUGAAGGAAAAACGUGGUCAAUUUCCACGAUUUCUCUUUCUUAGCGAUGACGAUUUAUUAGAAGUAGUAGGUCAAUCCUCCAAGGAACAAGUUCUACAAACACACCUGAAGAAAAUAUUUGUUGGUGUUAAUAAUGUUAAAUUAUCAACGACUUCUCAAGAAAUAACUACAAUUUGUUCCUUGCAAGGAGAAACCGUGGUUUUAUCAAAUCCCAUAAGUAUACAAAAACCUGUUGAGAUAUGGUUAAAUGAUUUGGUUAAAGAAAUGCAAGUCACAUUAAAAGAACUACUUGUCAACUGCCAGAAAGAGAAGGGAGCUCCAGAUCCUCUAAUGUAUCCUUCUCAAAUAUUAUGUCUAUCGGAUAACAUAACGUUCACUGCUAAAUGCGAGCAAGCAAUUACCAGCAUGGCAUUACCCUCUUUAUUAUCCAAAUACAAGACUCAAUUGGAACACUACAGCGCAUUGGAAUUAAAUAAUGAACAGAACAAAGAUACAGAAGGAGAAAACGUCUUAGAAUUAAAAUUAAAGGCCCUGCUGCUAGACACAAUUCAUCAUAUAUCUGUUCUAGAGGAACUCAUGGAGUACAACGUAACAAAAAUUUCGGAAUGGACUUGGCAGAAGCAAUUAAGAUAUUACAGUAACUCUAUCGGAGAAGUGACUGUCAAAAUGGCCAACGCCAGAAUGGAAUACUCUUAUGAAUAUCUAGGAAAUGCUGCCAAACUUGUGCGGACCCCAUUAACAGACAAAUGCUUUUUAACGUUAACUCAGGGAAUUCAUUUGGGUAUGGGAGGGAAUCCAUAUGGUCCAGCAGGAACUGGCAAAACGGAAUCUGUUAAAGCACUUGGAGGACUUCUUGGAAGACAAGUUCUGGUAUUUAAUUGCGAUGAGGGAAUCGAUGUUUCGGCAAUGGGUAGAAUAUUGAUUGGAUUGGUAAAAACUGGUGCCUGGGGUUGUUUUGACGAAUUUAACAGAUUAGAUGAAGCUACGCUUUCUGCUAUAUCUAUGCUGAUUCAUGCUAUACAAGUCUCAAUUAGAACAGACAAGAAGACUGUUCAACUACUAGAACAAGAUGUUGAUGUAAACAGGCACUGUGGUAUUUUUGUAACUUUAAAUCCGGCGGGAGGAGGUUAUGGGGGUAGAAACAAGUUACCUGAUAAUCUCAAACAAUUGUUUAGGCCCGUUGUAAUGACGCAACCUGAUAACGAAGAUAUAGCUAGAGCAUUGCUUCAUUGCGAAGGUUAUAGAAACGCCAACAUUAUUGCCAAAAAGAUAGUUGAAGUAUUCGACAUAGCCAGCAAACUUCUCAGUAAACAACAACACUACGACUGGGGCUUAAGGUCAAUAAGAACAGUUUUAACAGGCUGUGGUCGAGUGCUAAGAACCUUAAAAUCAAAAAGCAAAGAAAAUGUUGAUGCUAACGAAGAGAUAAUAUUAGUAGUGCAAGUUUUAAAAAUGGACACCUUAUCGAAGCUUUCUUUUAAUGAUAGUAACAAAUUUGUCUCUAUUCUUGAAGAUGUGUUUAAGGGCGUGGAUUUGAAAAUUAUGCAGCACAAUAUGUUAAGAUCUCAUCUCGAAAUUUGUUUUGAUGAAAUGAAGUUGACUAGAAAUGAAAGACAGAUGAAUAAGUGUUUGGAAUUAUACGAACAACUUCUACAACGAAUGGGUGUAGCCAUAGUAGGUCCACCAAAAUCAGGAAAAACAACUAUCCGAAACUUAGUUUUAAAGGCAUUAAUCAAAAUGGGGAAAACAGUGAAGUGCCAUCAAUUUAACCCAAAAAGUAUGACACGACCUCAGUUACUCGGAAAAAUGGAUUUUGACACCGGUCAGUGGAGUGAUGGAGUCAUAACCAGUUUCAGUUUGCAAGUUACUUCGGAAAAUUCAAAUACGUGGUCCUGGAUUGUAUGCGAUGGAGACGUUGAUCCAGAAUGGGUAGAAUCUCUCAACUCCGUAUUAGACGACAAUCGCCUUUUAUCUUUACCAUCUGGAUGGCGUAUUCAAUUUGGUCCAAACGUUAACUUCCUCUUCGAGACCCACGAUUUAAGCAGCGCCUCUCCAGCCACUAUAUCAAGGAUGGGAAUCGUAUUUCUUAGCGAAGAAGACCUUGAUCUCCAAAAUAUUAUAAACAGUUUUGUCGAAAAACUGCCUGGUGAUCAGAAAUCUGUACUUGAACCUUUGGUUAAUGACUAUUUUAUAAAAGCCGUUGAUUGGAUUACAAAAAAUGCUGAGAUUACUCUACCCUGUUCGACUACAGCUGUUGCACUAACAGGAUUAAGUCAGCUUAUAGAUGUUUAUAGCAGAGCCCAUUUUACUGUAGCCUUAAUAAAUGGUUUAGGCAAUCAAUUGCAAUAUGAUUUUAAAGAGAUAUUUGCUCAACAGAUAUUUGAUUGGAUUGGAGAAACUCCUGCACCAGUUAUUUUACGAUGUCGUUAUAAUAAAGAGAGAGAUAUAAUAGACUCUUACUACACAAACCCUAAUAUAAAUCCAAUAGAUGAUUGUGACAGAACUCAUUUGGUAGCAACAGCGCAGAUUGAACAAUAUUUGGAUUGUUUACGGCCUUGGAUAUCGGACACAAAGGAUCAGCAUUUCUUAUUAGUUGGACCUCACGGCACCGCUAAAACGUUGCUUCUAGAAGCGUUGGUUAACGAACAGUCAAAUGCUGAAAUUGUGACAAUAAAUUGCAGUGGUAAUUUGAUGCCUAAUUUUGUUAUUACGAAAUUAUAUCAGUACUGCCUUCAAGUAAACACACACAAGGGGAAAGUACUUAGGCCCAAAAAGGGAAAAAUUAUAUUACACUUUAAAAACUUACACUUGCUGAAAGCUGAUAAGUGGGGAACGAAUAUACUAGUCGAGUUCCUUAAUCAGUUGAUUGUGUAUGAAGGUUUCUUUGACUCAAAUGUCGAAUUUAUCCGAAUUGACAACCUGACUGUCGUUGGAUCUUUGGAAGCCACCAAUAACCUUUCUCAGAGAUUUACUUCAAAUUUGCGGAUUUUCAAUGUAAGCUUACCUGAACAAGAAGAUUUUUCUGUUAUCGUUGUGACAUACCUAACGUCUGUAUUGAAAAAUAUUUCAAAUUCUUUUCCAAAAGCAAAAAUUAUCAAACUAGCGGCAGUGGUCAUUUCUGUUUAUGACAAAGUAAAAAAUUCUUUUAGCGGUUUUCAAAACAAGCAUUACAUAUUUACUUCUCAUGAUGUAAUCAGUUGGUGUCAAGGGAUGCUCAACUACAGGAAUAGUGCUAAUAUAGCUACAGAAGAUUUUGUAAUUGAGAUCCUUAAAUAUGAAGCUAAAGAUAUAUUCGUAAAUAAAUUGGUAAAUGAAGAGGACAAACAACUAUUUUACAAAAUACUAAAUGAUGCCUUUAAUUCAACUUGGGGUUCAUCGUCUUAUACCUCCCAAAUAAACUAUUUUUAUGUACCUGUGGAAAAGCAAAGUCAAUCUUCAAAACAACCAGAUCUCACUAAAUUAAGUAUCGAAGAUUGGAAGCAAAUGGUUGAAGGUGGAAUACAACAAUAUGAACGAGAGGGCCAAAUUUUGGACUUGGUUAUAAAUGAUGAACUUCUGCAGCUAACCGCAAGCAUUUUGAAAACAUUAAGCCGUUUCAAAGGAAACAUACUUCUGGUUGGUAAAUCCGGAGUCGGCAGAAAGAGCGCUGUUAAAAUUUCGGCGACUUUACAAUCUGCCAGGCUUAUGGGACCUACUAGCGAACAACAACCUUUGCUGAAUAAUGACCUAAAACAGGCUAUGCAAUACUCUGGUCUCGAUGGUGAAGAAACAUACUUGCUAAUAGAAGACUACAUUCUAAACGAACAAAACAACAUAAAUCUCUUCAAUUUUCUAAUAUGUUCCGGAGAGGUUCCUGGUUUGUAUUCAUCAACUGAAUUAGAAUCGCUAGUUAAAGGUUUAAAAGAAGAUUCAGAUAGAGACAACUUUGAUGGAAAUUUGACUCAGUACUACGCGGAAAGAAUAAGGAAAAAUCUGCAUAUUGUUAUAUGUUUAGAUAUUGACAAUGAAAACUUAUGGAACAUUAUUCAAAACUGUCCGGCAUUUACACAAAAUUGUAGUAUAAUCUGGCAGUCAGAUUGGAGUGGGCACACCAUUGAAACAAUACCAAACACUUUAUUAAGCAGGAACAUAUUAAUUGAUGAAGGAUGUCUUAGAGUUUCAGGUCAAAGUUUCUCAUUUUUUUACAAAGCUACACAGUCUUUAAUAAAUACACCAUCCAGAUAUAUUUCCUUUAUAAAAUUGUAUGGAAAACUAUUUACAGAUAAAAUCGAUGGUAUUAAAUCUAAACAAAAAAAGCUCAAAGCCGGCGUAUCCAAACUUACUGAAGCAGAGAGUUUGGUAAAAGAAUUGAAACAAGAUGCCAUUGAAAAGCAGGAAAAACUAGCCGAAAAACAAUCCAAAGCUAAUUCAGCCUUAGACAUGAUAAGCAACACCAUGAAAAAUGCCAAUGUUCACAAAGAAGAAAUGGAAGUUUUAAAAGGCAAAACUGAAGAAGAAAAUGUUCAGUUGGAGCGAAGAAAAAAGGAUAUAGAGGCAGAACUUGCUGAGGUUGAACCAUUAAUGGAAGAAGCCAGAUCAGCUGUAGGAAAUAUUAAAUCUGAGUCCUUAUCAGAAAUAAGAUCGUUGCGAGCUCCUCCAGAAAUAAUAAGGGAUAUUUUAGAAGGAGUGCUAAGGUUAAUGGGAACCCAAGACACUUCUUGGAAUAGCAUGAAGUCGUUUCUAUCAAAAAGAGGUGUAAAAGAGGAUAUUAGAGCUUUCAACGCUAACAGAAUAAGUAAGGAAAACAGGCAGGCCGUAGAAAAAUUAAUGUCUACAAAAAGUGAUUCUUUUGACCCAAAAUCUGCCAAGCGAGCAUCCCAAGCUGCUGCUCCUCUAGCAGCGUGGGUAGCUGCUAAUGUUAAAUACUCUUACGUUUUGGAUAAAAUUAAACCUCUUGAGAAGGAGCAAAUGAAACUAAAAGAAAAUUUAUCCAAUGCUCAGAACCAACUUGGAGAGCUAAGUGCAGGUUUAUUGGAUGUAGACGCAACUGUUGCCAAGUUGAAGGAACAAUUAUCAGUGUACACAAAAGAAGCAGCUGAAAUAGAAAUUGACUUAACCAAAGCCCAAAGUACACUGUCUGCAGCAGAAGGGCUUGUUGGUAAACUGGGAGACGAAUACCACAGGUGGCAAACUCAGCUGAAGGAACUUUCUCAAGAAAUUGAUAAAUUACCAAAUAACUGUUUGCUAAUGGCCGCGUACAUCACUUACAUGUCAAGCGAAACCGAAGAAGAAAGAAGUAAUUUCUUAUCACACUGUGCUAAGGAGUUAAACGUUGAUAUAGUUGACGCUGGUUCAUUCUUCUCAACGGAAAGGGAGCGUAUGCAGUGGCAGAGUGAAGGUCUUUCAUCGGAUAAAUUAUCAACAGAAAAUGCUGUUAUGAUGUUAAAGGCUGAUCUGGUUCCUUUUUUAAUUGAUCCUACAUCGUCAGCCAUAAACUGGUUAAAGCAACAUCUAAGACACAAAAAUGUCGAAGGUAUUACACAAAAUUCUCCCAAAUUUAAGAGCGCCCUUGAAUUAGCUGUCAGGUUCGGAAAAACUUUUAUCAUUGAAGAAAUCGACACAAUAUCUUCAGUGCUGUUACAGAUAUUAAGACGGGAAUAUACGUUACAAGGUGAAAGACGUCUUAUAAAAUUGAAUGGAAAGCUGUUAGAUUACCACAGCGAAUUUAAAUUAAUAUUAUGUAGCAGAAACGAACAUUUGAAACUACCUGCUGAAAUAGUACCUUUUAUUAACUUGCUGAAUUUCACAGUUACCAUUGCGGGUUUCACUGAACAACUUUUGUCACAUGCAAUUUCUCAAGAAAAUCCAGAACUAGAAAAAAAGAAAAACAAUUUACUAAAAGAACGAGAGGAACUGGAAGAAAAACUAUCUCACUUACAAAAUCAACUUCUUGAAGAUUUGGCUAAUUCGUCGGGUGAUAUACUCCAAAACAAGAAACUGCUUGAUUCACUCAAUCAAACCAAAGCAAGUUCAGAAGCUAUAGCAGUAGCGUUACGGGAAUCAAAUGAGGUUCAGAAGAAGCUUCAGGCUGAGUAUGAUACAUAUAGAGAGUUAUCGAAUUAUGGUAGUUUGCUAUAUUUUGCAUGUAACGAGUUUGCAAAAUGCAACAUUUUGUAUCUUUUGUCAGUUUCAGCAUUUACAGAUCUAUUUCUACGAUCUCUACAAAGUUUUCAGGGAUUAGAAAAUAAUUUAGCAUCGCAAAAGAAACAACUACUGCAUGUUGUAUAUGGAUAUAUGAGUAGAGGAGUAUUUCAAAAUGAUCGUUUGAAAUUCUUAUUGUAUCUGAUUUUUAAACUCUAUCCAAGAGAUGUGCCUGAAACAGAAUGGAACGUAUUUAUAGGAAGCGCUGUGACCAAUAAAAAUACUUCGGAAGAUCAACCUCCUUGGAUACCAAAUCAAUGUAUAAAUAAUAUUCAACUGAUACAGGUGGCUUUACCUGAUUUCUACAAGAUAUUGAAACUUGAGGAACACAAUCUCUGGAAAAACUUUAUGAACGUUAGCGAAUGCGAGAGGGAAUAUCCAACUCAUUGCAGUUUAUCUGAAUUUCAAAAAGUACUAGUGAUACAGGCUUUAAGACCGGAUAGAUUAUAUACCGUUAUGUCCCAAUGUGCACUUAGUAUAACAGGUAUAAAAUCCUUGGAUCCAUCCUCGCUGGAUCUAUCCAUUAUAUACAAAGAAUCUAAUUCCACUGUUCCUAUACUAGUCUUGGCAGUCUCUGGUACAGAUCCAGUUUCAGAAAUAAGGGAAAUAGCAAAAAAUAUGUCUCAAGAAUUAAUUGAGGUUGCUAUGGGCGAAGGACAAGAAAACAAAGCCAUAGAAGCACUUAAAAGAUAUUCUGAGUCUGGUUCUUGGUUAAUCUUAAAAAAUUUACACUUAGUGACUUAUUGGUUACCAGUGUUAACUCAAACUCAAAAAAGUAUUGAACCUCAUCAAAAGUUUAGAUUGUGGUUGGUAUCUGAACCUACUCCAAACUUUAAUUUUGUUUUGGCACAGAAUAGCUUAAAAGUAGUUUAUGAAACAUCACAAGGAAUAAGAAACAACAUUCUAAGAACAUUUGCUACAUUUGGAGAAAAGUAUAUUGAUAAGUUGAAUGCCAAUUCUGCCAAAAUAUUUUUCGUGUUAGCCUGCGUACAUGCGUUGUUUCAAGAAAGAAGAAAAUAUAUUCCGCAAGGUUGGUCAAAAUACUACGAUUUUAGUGAUACCGAUCUGUCUACAAGUGUAAAAUUGGUAGAAGAUCUCUGGAGCAAUCAAGGGCCACAAAUUCCAUGGCGUUUUAUAUCUGGAUUGACCUCUGAUGCGGUGUACGGAGGUAGAAUUGAAAAUAUAGAUGACUUAAAAAUUGUGCAUUCCUAUACUAAACAGUAUUUUGUUGAUGAUGUGAUAAGCCACCGUUGGAAACCUUUCGGUCUGAAUCUAACUGUGCCAAAUGUGCCACAAUACAAGGAAUACAUAAAAAUGGUUAAACAAUUUCCUUCAGCGGAUAAACCAUCGCUGUUUGGACUAGCGGAAAAUAUUAACAAAGCUUGGGAAAAACAAAUUUCACUUAGAAUAACAUCAGAACUAAAAAAUUUCUACCUACGAAAAAGUGUUUCUACCAAUUUCCACCAGGAGACAUUCCAGAAAGGUUUACUACCUUUUCUUUCACUUUGGAAAAAGUUAAAUCAGGGACAAAAUUUUAUCAGAAUGACAACUGAAACUAAACCCGUAACAAAUUCUAUCAUAGAAACAUUCCUGAAUGAAGAGUUCGAAAAUGCAAUAAUGUUGCUACAGACGAUUCACAAAUAUUUUACAUUACUGAAUAAGAUUUGUAAGGGAAUUGUGACAGCUGAUGGAAAGACAUUAGGUGUUGGUUAUUCGUUGCUAAAUUAUGGGACACCAAAGCCUUGGUUGGACUUGUGGAACGGUCCCAAAGAACCUACACAGUACUUGAAAAUCUGUAUGACUAAGAUAAUUGCCUUAUCAAAAUUGAAAGACGAAAAUAUUAACCGACUAUUGGAUAAACCCGUAAACCUAGCUGGGUUGUUUCAUCCAGAAGCUUUUAUUGCAUCAUAUAAACAGGAUUUUUCAAAGAACAAUGGUGUACCGUUGGAUGAACUUAAGUUGUUUACCAGUUGGAAGCCUAAAACAGAUUGUUUAAUUCUAUCUAACUUACUGAUUGAAGGAGGUAUUUUUGAAAAUGGUAUAAUAAGACAAUGUACACCAAACACAGAAAAUGUUACAACUACUCCUAACUGCUACCUAAGUUGGGUCAAAAAGGGACAAGUUUUGCAGGACGAAAAUAGUAUUGAUGUGCCAUUGUACACCUCAGCAAGCAGAGAGAUGAAAAUUAUUUCUCUGCAGAUACCAUGCGAAAAGAAUGAGAAAGACAAAUGGUUAUUAUCUGGAAUAGCAUUAUAUUUAGAGUAUUAAAUCAACUUUUGUUACAAAACCGAAACACAUACACAUAAUAUUUUAGUCAAAUUAUUUCACAUACAGCAUAUUUAAGUUAUAAAUAAAUAUUUAUGAAAAUUA